CUACCUACCUCUGAAGGCUGGCUACCCAUAUGGCAGCUUGUAGUCACCUCAGCUGCGGUAUUCAACGCUAUACAAAAUUAUACGACUUUGAAGCUCACCCAACGACUUUAUGCGCGUAUGCCUCAUCUUGUGAACCCACUUCAGGCUCGUGCAUUUGGCACUUGGACCAUAACUUCUGCUGUAAUUCGAGGUUACGCCGCAUAUCACAUUCACGAAAAAACGAUCUACGAUAUCUGCAUCAUAUCCUACUUAAUUGCAUUCAGCCAUUUCACUUCAGAACUUCUGAUUUUCAAAACUGCAAAGCUCAAUGGACCAGUUGUUAGUCCAUUUAUUGUAGCUAGUGUAUCUUUGGCAUGGAUGAUCUUACAGUACGAUUUCUACGUCUCAUAA